GCUUGAAUUGCACCUUGUGUACACAGCGGAUUUCUAUAUAUUUAGUUGCCCGGUGCCCAGAAUCCUCCACCCCUACAAGAUCAACCAUUUCCACUGCCAGUUGCUGGCCUUCUCCUGCUCUGCUCUCACAACUCUCACCGACUUCCUUUCAUGGCUCAAACAACUCCAAACCACACUCAGACUGUUUCAGGCUGGGCAGCGCAUGAUUCUUCCGGCAAGAUCACUCCUUACGUCUUCAAGCGAAGAGAAAAUGGAGCGGAUGAUGUGACAAUCCAGAUCUUGUAUUGUGGGAUGUGCCAUACAGACAUACACCAUGUCAAGAACGAUUGGGGCAUCACCAUGUACCCUGUUGUCCCCGGGCAUGAAAUUACUGGGAUCAUUACAAAGGUGGGGAGUAACGUGAGGAAAUUCAAGACGGGGGACAAAGUGGGGGUGGGGUGCUUGGCAGCAACCUGUUUGCAGUGCGAGUUUUGCAAGGACUCCCAGGAGAACUACUGCGAUGAGGUUCAAUUUACUUACAAUGGCAUAUUUUGGGACGGCAGCAUCACUUAUGGCGGCUAUUCCAAAAUGCUGGUCGCAGAUCAGAGGUAUGUGGUGCGCGUGCCGGAUAGCUUGCCGAUGGACGCAGCGGCGCCAUUGUUGUGUGCCGGAAUCACAGUCUACUGCCCGAUGAAAGACCACAAUCUGUUGGAGCCGGACUCGGCUGCGAGAAAGAUAGGGGUGGUUGGUCUGGGAGGUCUUGGGCAUGUGGCUGUGAAAUUUGCCAAGGCAUUUGGUCAUCAUGUCACUGUCAUUAGCACAUCUCCCUCCAAGGAAAAAGAGGCCAAAGUACGAUUGGGUGCAGAUGAUUUCCUCCUGAGUACGGAUGCCAAACUAAUGCAGGCGAGGAAAAGGACUCUAGACUUCAUUGUGGACACGGUCUCGGCCAAGCACUCUAUUGGUCCCUUGCUGGAGCUGCUGAAAGUGAAAGGAACCUUGGUGAUUGUGGGGGCACCUGAGAAGCCGAUGGAACUACCCUCUUUUCCACUGAUUUUCGGGAAGAGGGUGGUGAAAGGAGGCAUAAUUGGAAGCAUCAAAGAAACACAAGAGAUGAUGGAGGUUUGCGGCAAACGUAACAUCGUGUGUGACAUCGAAGUCGUCCGGACGGACCAGAUUAAUGAAGCACUGGAGCGCCUAGCCAACAAUGAUGUCAAGUACCGAUUUGUCAUCGAUAUCGCCGGAAAGCAAAGCCGUUCCACUUAAAAAUUCAG